CAAUUCUUCGUUAUGGCUUCCUCCUAUUCAUAUCCUGAAUUAUUUUUGGCGGGUUUUAUAUUUACCUUGCCCUUUUUAUAUGAAAAAAGCAAUGUUUUCCGAUAUUACUUGAAAUUUUUCCUCUACUACGCUUAUGUGUUAAUCACUUGCACAGUGCUUUUACCCGUAGUAUUAAUAUAUCCUCGCGACGUAACAAACCUAAUAGUUGCUUCCAGAUUUUGUCGUUAUGCCUCAUAUAUUGUAGGUAUAGAAUGGGAGUUGAGAGGAAUGGAACAUUGGAAUUCUGAACAAUGUUACAUUGUGAUAUCUAACCAUCAAAGCUCAUUAGAUAUAUUAGGCAUGUUUGAAAUGUGGCCACGUAUGAAACGCUGCACUGUCGUGGCAAAGAGACCUUUAAUGUUUACUGGAGCAUUUGGUUUCGGAGCUUGGCUCUCUGGACUUGUCUUUAUCGACCGGUUAAGAACAGAGCGGGCUCGCCAGCUCAUGAAAGAUGCCACAGCCAGAGUCAUAAAAGAAAAAACCAAGCUAUGGAUAUUCCCAGAAGGGGCAAGAUUUAACAAAGGCAGUAUACAAGCUUUCAAGAAAGGUGCAUUUUAUUUAGCUAUUGAUGCUCAGAUACCAAUUAUGCCUGUUGUUUUUAGUCAGUAUUAUUUCCUGGAUAGUGACACCAAGACAUUUGAACCAGGGAAAGUAGUCAUCACUACACUGCCUCCCAUACCAACAAGUGGAAUGACUCGUGAUGAUGUAGAAAGAUUAUCAGAAAUAGCCCGCCAACAAAUGAUUGAUGUUUUCCACGAGACCUCCAAAGAUUUAGUCAUGCAAAAGAAAAUUGCUAUUUAGAAUUAAUCAUAAACACCUCAGAUUUACCAAUUGGUGUUAAUCUAAUCUAAAAGUUAUUUCCUAGAAUCUCAUCCUAGAUUAGUACUAUUAUAAGUUUUUGAACUUUUUAUUAUUUUUUGAAUAAUUGUAGUCAUUGGAAUGAAAGGUAUUUGUAAUUUAUCCAAACAUGUCCACAAUAAAUGUUGUAUAUUACUCAUAAAUAUGUGAACAUGUGGAGAUACUUGAAUACAAGUGCCAAUCAUUCACUUUAUGGCUAUUAUUAAAUUUGCUCCAAGAAGCCAUAAUAUAGGUAAUAUGACUGUGUUGUUCCUUUUACAAGCCUCCGUCUAGUCAUUUUUGUUUAAAUUUAGUAUUAAGAGGAUUAUUUCCUAUUUCUAGUCCUAUAAUAAUGUUUUUAUUUAUAAGUUUUACCUACUUACCAUUUUGUUGACUGAUAUUAUAUCAAAAUGUUUGUUCUUCCUUUAUGGUUAUUAGAAUGUUCAAGUAUUUUAUAUUGUAAGUAACUCAAUUGUUUUUGUUGUAUAGGAUACUCAUUAGUAGUAAUCAAGCAAAUAAAGAAUAUGAUUUUCGUAAGUCAGUGAUACACCCUUUAUAGAUUAAAUAGAAGUCAUAACUACUUGUAUAAUUUUAUUGUAUUAGACAUGUCGCAAUAUAUGUGGUGCUUAUUUUACUAUUGUGCUACACCAAUCAGUAGUUAAGAUACAAAAUAUGAUCUAGACACAAUUUGCCUAAAUUUAAUCCUAGAUGUUAUUUAAAUAAAACAAGUUUAUAGAAUCUUAUAUAAAUAUUUAUUUGGCUAAGCCGCAAGCUGCAUUUAAGAAUGCAGUGUAAUUAAUUGUUUUUGGGCCAUGCUUGUUAGAUGUACAAAACGCCGAUUCUCUUUUGCAAACAACUUACCUAUGUUUAUGUACUGGUGACACAAAAAAUAUGGACUAAUGAACUGUUAAUAUUUUCUGUUUCUGUUUGAAGUUUACAUAAGCGAUUCAAAUUAGUUACAAAAAACAAGGAGAAUCGACGCCUAUGGCCAGGUUGUGAGAUUGUUAAAUAACAUUUAAUCUUCUGUCAUCAUCAUCAUCAUCAAUCAUUUGUCAAGUACUUGAAGCAUUUCUUUGAACCACCUGCUUUUUGUUUACUAUAAUGAAUCUAAGGAUAGACAGAGCCAACUGUAGACACUUUUUAAUUUUAUGUGAUGUGUUUUUUAGUCCAAAGAAAUGAUUAUUGCAAGGCUCCUUGUAGAGACGUCUUAAAAAUUAGAUUCAAUUUUAUAAUUAAAAGCAACUACAUAUUUUAGUGUAAAAGCCUUUAACAUCAGGUUUACAUAUGAAAUUGAUAAGAAAUGUAGAUCCAAAAUCUUUGAAUAAAGAUCGAUAUUUACAUUACUUUAAAUUAAUUCAACUUGAUAAUUUCCGUCGUUAUUACUUGCGUCGCGAUAUAGUAAUUAUUUUGUUUUCAUCUUUCAUACAUUUUGAUACACAGUGCACAUAAAUUAUGCAAAUCUCGUUAUUUUACAUGAAUCACUAAUUGGUCACAAGCAAUAAAGUUCGUAAUGUAUGAAAAUGAAUUAACCUGAAUGUUUGCUAUAAGAUUGUGAUCUAAUAAUUCUUGUGCGGAGAGAGAGAAAGAAGAAAUAAAUUGCACAUACUAUAUAUACAGCAUUUUACUAUUUAUCUAUAUGUUUUUCACAUAUCUAAAGGAACACAAUUUGUUAUUAGAAUAACAUACUUCGAGUCAAGACGGUAAGUACCUAUAACUUUUCUAUUAAGAAAUGCACAAAACUCCUAAUAUUUCAAUUAAAAAAUAACUGAGCUAAUAUUCUUUUUUUAAUAUGAAAAUACAAAAAUCGGACCAAUAAGUCAGGAAUGUAAACGGGUUUUUGUGUAACGGAGCUUCAUAAUUAAUUACUGUAUGAUGGCGACAUACCUAAAAUGAGCACAAAAAUGGUAUGAUAAUGACUUACAAAUUUACUUCCGAGUUAAUCAGUUUAAAACACAAUACAGAUUUCUAAUGAAAUAUACAUAAAUAUUUGAUUCACAAAGUAUGUACAUAAUAUCUUAUACAUAAAACAUAAAAGUGUUUGUAAGUUUCUUGUAUAACAAAAUACCUUUUAAAUCCUAUGCAAUUCUGUAAUCUCAAUUAGCUACUAAUCAUUCCAACUCUCGCCCCAGCCUUCAUUCUCAUCGAUGUUUUCAUCUGGGACAAAGUUUAAUUUGCUGCUUACGUUUUCAGAAUUUUGAGCAAUAUUAACAACAGACGGUUUUUCAAUUACAGGGGCCAUAUCAGCAAAAAAGUCAAACUCAUCUGAACUCUUUUUCGAAUAAUCGAAUUUCUGAUUUUUUAUGUCUAAUUCAGAAAUAUCUACGAUAUUCUUUUUUGCCUGCAUUGCAGCUUUUUGCAGUAAAGUAGUUCUUGAUUCAGAUACAGUUUUCGAGUUUAUGUUUGAGUUUGAAGAAACUUUUUCAUCCACAUUUUCAAUGUUGACUAGCUGUCCAUUUUUAUUAUUUUCUUCAAUAUUUGGAGAAUCUGGUUUUGUUGUUAAUUGACGAUUAUCCCAGUCACUCCAGUCAUCUUCACUAUCUGCUUUCUGUUUGGUAAGAAAUUCUGUUGAUAUAAUCUCAUCAUCUAAGGAUUCUCCACCAACAGGUGAAGGCCUUUCAUUUAAUGUUAAAGUCUUAUCAAAUGAAAUUAGUUCAUUUCUAUCAUCAUUUUCAUAAAUUUCUUCAGAACAAGGUAAGUCUCGCAAAGAUUUGGUUAAAUAAACACUAUUUUCCGUCAAUGGUAUGGCUCCAGGCAGUUGAGAUUUGGGCUUUGAAUUAGGUCUACCAUCUGUGAAAAAUUUAGAUCUUUUUCCGCCUAUGACAGUGUCAGCUCCUAAUAUAGGUACCAAUUCACUUAAACAUAUAAGUGUUGCUGAUACUAAACUGUCGUCAGUGUCCUUUAUUCCCAAGAGCAACUGCAACAUUUUAAAAUUAGGCAUUGAUAUGUCAUCUAAACAAUUCUAUUUUAUUAUAAACCUUAGAAUCAAUAGGGUUUAAUUAAGUGUAGUAGUAGAAUAGUAUUUUUAACUCCGACGCAAAAAAAAGAGGGGUGUUAUAAGUUUAACGUGUCUGUCUGUCUGUCUGUGGCAUCAUAGCUCCUGAACGAAUGAACUGAUCUCAAUUUAGUUUUUUUUGUAUUAAAGGUGUUUUGCGGGCGAGUGUUCCUAGACAUGUUUUAUGAAAAUCGAUUGAGGCUUUUAAAAGUCCCAAAACUUUUAAAACUGGUAAAAGUUAGUUUGGUAAAAGUGGGGAAAAAAAACCGAAUGCCUGCAAAUAUGCUCAAGAUGGGUCUCAAAUUAAAGGUAUUUGUAUGUCACAAAAAACAAAAACUUUCGUAAGUUUGACGUGUCUGUCUGUGUCUAUGGCAUCAUAGCUCCUGAACGGAUGAAAAAAAUUCAAUUAAGUUUUUUUUUGUAUUAUAUACUUUUUAAAGGUAGCUUAUGUUUUAUUGUGGGAUUUUUUUUUAAUUUUUAAUUUAUUUCAUAUGUAGCGUAUUAUUAAGUACUAAUACAGUAUUAAAUACUUCUAGCAUAAUUACCUCAGGAAGAAUAUGUUGAGAAAGUUCUUCAUGUGAGAAGACAUGCACAAACUUUGAAAAAUGUCUCAAAAGUAACAUCCUUAUUUGACUAUCUCUCACUCCAAAUAACUGCAUUAGUCUGGGUUUGAUAUGUUCUUUGAACACACUGAGACUAAAAAAGCCUGGUAUUUCACCAUUAGUAAUACGGUCUGGAAUUUA